GGUAACUAAAUGACCAUGGAAUCUGGAGCAGAGAACCAGCAGAGUGGAGAUGCAGCUGUAACGGAAGCUGAGAACCAACAAAUGACAGUUCAAGCCCAGCCACAGAUUGCCACAUUAGCCCAGGUAUCUAUGCCAGCAGCUCAUGCAACGUCAUCUGCUCCCACUGUAACUUUAGUUCAGCUGCCCAAUGGGCAAACGGUUCAAGUCCAUGGAGUUAUUCAGGCGGCCCAGCCAUCAGUUAUUCAGUCUCCACAAGUCCAGACAGUUCAGUCUUCCUGUAAGGACUUAAAAAGACUUUUCUCCGGAACACAGAUUUCAACAAUUGCAGAAAGUGAAGAUUCACAGGAGUCAGUGGAUAGUGUAACUGAUUCCCAGAAACGAAGGGAAAUUCUUUCCAGGAGGCCUUCCUACAGGAAAAUUUUGAAUGACUUAUCUUCUGAUGCACCAGGAGUGCCAAGGAUUGAAGAAGAGAAGUCCGAAGAGGAGACUUCAGCACCUGCCAUCACUACUGUCACGGUGCCAACUCCGAUUUACCAAACCAGCAGUGGACAGUAUAUUGCCAUUACCCAGGGAGGAGCAAUACAGCUGGCUAACAAUGGUACGGAUGGGGUGCAGGGGCUGCAAACACUCACCAUGACCAGUGCAGCCGCCACACAGCCGGGCACGACAAUUCUGCAGUAUGCACAGACUACGGAUGGACAGCAGAUCUUAGUGCCCAGCAACCAAGUUGUUGUACAAGCUGCCUCUGGAGAUGUACAGACAUACCAGAUUCGCACAGCACCCACGAGCACUAUUGCCCCCGGCGUUGUUAUGGCCUCGUCUCCAGCACUUCCUACACAGCCUGCAGAAGAAGCAGCACGGAAGAGAGAGGUUCGCCUCAUGAAGAACAGGGAAGCAGCCCGCGAGUGCCGGAGGAAGAAGAAAGAGUAUGUGAAAUGUUUAGAAAACAGAGUGGCAGUGCUUGAAAACCAAAACAAGACAUUGAUUGAGGAGCUAAAAGCACUUAAGGACCUUUACUGCCAUAAGUCAGAUUAAUUUGGGAUUUAAAUUUUCACCAGUUAAGGUGGAAACGGACUGGCUUGGCCACAACCAGAAAGACAAAAAACAUUUUAUUUUCUAAACAUUUCUUUUUUCUAUGCGCAAAACUGCCUGAAAGCAACUACAGAAUUUCAUUCGUUUGUGCUUUUGCAUUAAACUGUGAAUGUUCCAACACCUGCCUCCACUUCUCCCCUCAAGAAAGGUCCAGCGCCAGGAAUCAUGAAGACACUUCGCUUUUCCACCCCUGCUCUCCUCGAGAAGUAAUACUUUGUUUACUUGUGAAUUGAUGGGGGAAAAUAAGGAAAGAAAGUGUUUCUAAGAUGAGUUAAAGGUUCGUGCUGCACUCCCUGGUGGCCAGGCGCAGGGGGAGUGUCGAUGGCCGUGGUGAAGCCUUUCGCAUUUCCAUUGUGAAUUAUGUAAAACUGCUAAGAGACAUCCCUCUACACAGCAUUUUAGUGUGGUAUUGGGGAAAUUAGGAAUGAAUUUGGAGUGCUUUCCACGUACACUCUGCUCUUCAGUACUGAAGAUGUGUCCCUGGUUCUCAAGACGUUCUGUGUUAACUGAGCUCUUCCACAGGGCAGUCGUUGCUUCUUAAUUCAGUUCUGUAUGUGUUCAACAUUCUUGAAUACAUUAAAAGAAGUAACCAACUGAAUGAAAAAGCAUGGUAUUUGAAUUUUAAACUAAGUCAAAGUAAAUACAAGUAUAAAGCUUAUUUUAGUUAAUAUUAAAUUCUUAGUAAAAAGGUUAGUAAACCAAUCCCUUGAGUCAUAUAAUAAUGAUUUUGAAUGAAUGGUGUCCUCACCU